CGAACACGGAGCAAACAAGACGAAGGCAGAGUUGGAAAGGUUGUGGACAGACGUUCCCUUGGCGAGAUCAGGGUCCACAGUCGGCAACGUCGUCUACAAGCAAGCCAUGUUUUUCAACUGUUCAGCUCUGUGAAACUUGUAUUAAAUGUGGCUGGCUUUCUACUCGGUGGAGUGCUGCUCUUCGUGUCGUUGUUUGACCCCACUAGAAAACCGGUCAUAAAGUUCUUCGACAAUGCCUUUGGUGAGAGAUCAGUGAGGCAGCGGCGUGAAGUAGGGAGUGGCCUCGAGUCGCAUGUUGUUGCGGCUUUAGACGCCUUCACUGCUGCUCUCAAGAUGGAAGUAAUUGCCAAAAUGAAUCUGAAUUAUCUUUAAUGCUUUUGAGAAUGUUAGCACAAUUGUACACCAUUCAUGUAU